GUUGAUGGUCAUGUGACCAGGAGGACGCGGAUCCGGGCGAAUAAACACAAUCUCAGGAGGACAGCAGUUUCAAAUCAUAGCAUGUCAGCUUAUUUGUACACUUAUGUGCUGUCAUAGCAUGUCCGGGCUCAGAUAUGGACUUUAUGAGGUUUAUGUAAUUGGUGGACAUCGUUUAACUCUGCUUACGUGUCUGUAGAUGCAGCAUCUCCGCAGGGAAGCUUUUGAUCAGUGAAGCUAUCAGUGGCAAAUUACACCCCACCAAAGCAAGCAUGGCCUCUGAUAUCAACUAUCAGGAUGGCCCAAACUUUUCUAGAAGAGAUGAGAGCCCCGCUGAAGAUGAGCCCAUCCGUUCACCCAGUUCCUCACGACAGUCAGAAUACGAACGAAUCGGAGGAAGAACAGGAUCCUCGUUUUUUCAGACCAUAAUUCAUUUACUUAAAGGAAAUAUUGGUACAGGACUCCUCGGCUUGCCUCUGGCUGUCAAGAAUGCAGGACUCGUGGUGGGGCCUUUAAGUCUUCUGGCUAUGGGUAUCGUGGCUGUUCAUUGCAUGAACCUCCUCGUGAAAUGUGCACAUCAUCUAAGUGCAAAGAUGGGCAAGCCCUUUCUUUCCUAUGGAGAUGCAGUGGAGUAUGGGAUGGAGAAUGUGUCAUGGCUCAGCAGACACUCUUUGUGGGGAAGGCGUGUGGUGAAUCUGUUCCUCAACAUAACCCAGCUGGGCUUCUGCUGCGUUUACUUUGUGUUCCUCAGCGACAAUGUCAAACAGGUGGUUGAAACUGCAAAUGGGACAACCGGGAACUGUCACAACAACGAAACUGCAGUAAUUGUCCCCAGCUAUGACUCUCGGCUCUACAUGCUCUUCUUCCUGCCCUUUAUCAUCGUGUUGGUGUUUAUCCGCAACCUGAAGUACUUGGCUCCUCUGUCGUUUGUAGCAAACCUCUCCAUGUGUGUCAGCCUGGUCCUCAUAUACUACUACUGUCUGACGAAUAUCCCAUACCCCAUCAACCUCCCGCUGGCGGGAAGAGGAGUUGACUACCCUCUCUUCUUUGGAACAGCAAUAUUCGCCUUUGAGGGAAUUGGAGUUGUGCUGCCUCUUGAGAAUAAGAUGCAGAAUCCCAAAAACUUCACCAUGGUCCUGUAUCUCGGCAUGGGCAUCGUCACCACCCUCUACAUCACCCUGGGCACCAUCGGCUACAUUGGCUUCGGAGAGCAUAUUCGGGGGAGCAUCACAUUGAACUUACCGUUAUGCUGGUUGUAUCAGACCGUGAAGCUGCUUUAUUCUUUUGGGAUCUACAUCACUUACGCGCUGCAGUUCUACGUGUCGGCAGAGAUCCUGAUCCCGCCGGCGGUGGCGCGCUGCGGCCCCAGAUGGGCGUUGAUGGUGGACCUCGGCAUCCGCGUGGCUCUCGUAUGCCUCACAUGUGCUCUGGCCAUAUUGAUCCCGGAGCUUGACCUGGUCAUCUCUCUGGUGGGCUCCGUGAGCAGCAGCGCUCUGGCCCUCAUCAUCCCUCCCCUGCUUCAGAUCAUCACCUUCCAUAACGAAGACAUGAAGCCCUGGGUGAUGGUCAAGGACAUCGUCAUCAGUCUCAUUGGCUUUGUGGGCUUUGUGGCGGGGACGUACAUCUCCAUCCAGGAGAUCGUGGCACGGAACAACAACAGACACAACAGCACGCUCCUUCAGCUGCUGUGAACGCUGACAGAGCGACAGAAUAAAUGUAGGCCGUACAGACCCACUGAAUCAUUUACUCACUACAUGCUCCUUUGAUUUCUGCUCGGUUUCGCUUGGGAUUCUUCUUACUGAACGUCCGUAGAUGGCUCGUGGAUUUUUUAUGGGUUUUUGUCCUUCGGUUUUUACAGCACUGAAGUCUCUUAUAUCAAGUUCCCAAGUUACAUUGGUUUUAAUGAACCCAUUUGUAGGGUCAAACCGCCUUUUAAAGGCGAAUGUUAACAGAAUAAUAUCUAUAUUGCUCAUUUUAAUGUCUUGUUUACAGUGUUUCAAACUGAUUCUCAGUGAAUCUAAAAGAAGUGAUGUGAGCAAGUUUGUAAAUGUGUAUUUGUAUUCCUUGCUCUUGUUUUCAAGACCAAAAGCAAGUUAUUUACUUCUGCAUAUUACACACAGACUCAACCUAGAUUGUAAAUAUGUGGAAAAUCCAUUCAAAGUACAGAAUGUUUUAUGUUUGCACAAUUACACAAUAUCUGGUACCUCUCAGUCUCAAACAGUCAAAACAUAUGUCAGAUCAGUGGUCUUGAAAUAGUUGAAUCUGCACAUGUCUGAUUUUAGAUUCUUUUUUUUAAUUGAUUUGCAUUUUAAGUAAUGUUUCAUUGGUUUAUUUUUAUUUGUGUCGUCUCGCACAACAGUCUCGCACAGGUGCCAUCAGUGAGUCAUCUCACAGAGAAAUCUGUUGAUAGGACUUGAUUUUUCUACUUUUUUGUCUUAUUAUCUACCAGCUGUAGCUUUUUCAGUAUCUACAUAAGGCCAGAUCUUAUUCCAGAUGUGCAGUGUAUAAUUGUUUUAAAACAGGCUCCAGAUCUCAUGAUGUUUAGCACACAAAACAAGUUCAGGAGUGUGUGUUUAACUGUGUGCAUGUUGAGUAACUUUAAUUUUUAAAACAUUUGUACUAUUGUGUUAAACACUUUUUACUGGGGUACUUGAAUUUUUGGUUUUAGUUAUAUGAUUUUGCUAUAUAUAUAUAUAUUGAUGGCAAUGCCAAAGUUAUUGACUGGAAUUUGUUUUGUUUUUUUUAUCAUUUACUGUAAUUUUUGCAGUUGCUCUCAACUGCAGCUUUAGUAAUUGCAGUGUUUUAACGUUUUAUGAUUUCAUGGAUUUUUGCCUUAUUGUACAUAUGCUGUAGGUCGUUUAUGCAUGCUCACCUUGUUUCGAAAGUAUGUAAAGGUGAGAUUGCAAACAGAGAAAUGUCACAUUGCUCAUUUUUGUACAUAUUACUAGCUCAUUUAUUUGUUGACAUGAGAGUUUCAAGGUCCACCUGUUGAAGUUGCCUCAUUGUAUUUCUGGUUGAUUUAAAACAGCAGGUCUUGAGAGCUGCUAUGCGCUCUGUGUUUGAAUUAAAGAACCGAUAGCCUGU